AUGUCGUACUUUCCUGGCCAGCAAUACGCGGGCGGACAGCCGCAUGAAGGAGGAUACGGAGCACCACCACCACCGCAACUGGGGUAUCCUCCACAAGGCUAUCCUCCACAGGACUAUCCGCCGCAAGGCUACCCACCACCGCAGCAGCAGUACCCACCCCAGGGCUACGGCUAUCCUUCACCACAGCCUUAUCCGCCUCCAUCACCGCAACCCUCGUAUGGUUACGGACAACCGACUCCUCCGCCUCGACAGUACAGCGGCUACGCGCAGACACCUCCUACUGCUGCACAGCAAGGCUAUGGGUUCGGAGCUCCGCCGCCUCAGCAAUGGCACCCCUCGAUAAACCAGAAUGCAUAUGUGCAGGGCAAUCACGGCGCCCCCCCUCCACCGCCGCAACAAGCUCAGGCAUUUGGUCACGGCGCACCUGGCAACUACACCUUCCAAUACUCAGCGUGUACUGGACGACGAAAGGCACUGCUUAUCGGCAUCAACUACUUCCGGCAGCGCGGAGAGCUCAGGGGUUGCAUCAACGACGUCAAGAACAUGUCCAACUACCUCAAUCAAUACUUUGGUUAUCGGCGGGAAGACAUGGUGAUCUUGACGGAUGAUUCGCACAUUGAUGCAAGCAAGCCUAACAAGGCUAAUAUUCUGCGCGCAAUGCACUGGCUUGUAAAGGAUGCGCAACCGAACGAUUCGCUUUUCUUUCAUUACUCCGGUCACGGUGGACAGACGAAAGACCUUGACGGAGACGAGGACGAUGGGUAUGACGAGGUCAUCUAUCCUUCUGACUUCCGAGAGAAAGGCCAUAUAACGGACGACGAAAUGCACAGGAUUCUGGUCAACCCAUUACAACCUGGUGUCCGUCUUACCGCAAUCUUUGACUCCUGCCACUCCGGCUCCGCGCUUGAUCUUCCUUACAUUUACUCUACGUCCGGCGUUCUCAAGGAGCCCAAUUUGGCCAAAGAAGCCGGCCAAGGCCUUCUCGGUAUUGUAUCAUCAUACGCGCGUGGCGAUUUUGGCGGCAUGGCAAACACAGCGCUUGGGUUUUUCAAAAAGGCGACGACCGGCGACGACACACGCAAGCGGAACUUGCGGACGAAAACCUCGUCGGCGGACGUUAUCAUGUGGUCCGGCAGCAAGGACGAGCAAACGUCGGCAGACACGACGCAGGGUGGUGAGGCUACGGGAGCCAUGUCCUGGGCGUUCAUCCGGUCGCUCCAGAAGAAUCCGCAACAGAGCUACGUGCAGCUCCUCAAUAGCAUCCGCGACGAGCUGGAGGGCAAGUACAUGCAAAAGCCGCAGCUAAGCUGCAGCCAUCCCCUCAACACCGAUCUGCUAUAUGUAAUGUAA